AAAUCUCGCUUGAUGUGGCGGCGCGUGUCGGACACGCGCAAUAAACUUAGCUAUAAACCCCCAAAUCGAGGCUUUGGUUUCUGGAUCCUCGUGAUGAUGACGAUGGGGAUUACCUCGAAUUCGAAAUUAAAGUAAUCGUCGUCACUUCUCUGGACACCGAAUUCAAUUCGAGAGAAUCACCCAAGAGGUAAUUCUAAAGAGCAAGUGUGUUUGUGAUUCAAACCCCGUAUAGAAGAUACUUACCGAGGCAGAUUAAAAAAAAUGAGUUUUGCGUGCCUCGUGUGCCAUAGUGUAGAGAGCCCAUCCCACUCAUUUAGAAGCUACUCUGUUUCUAGCUCAGACAACGAAGGUAGAUGCUCUGUGAUUGCCAGCUGCCUCACAAGGAACUCACUUGUUCAAGCAGCUAGAUCAAACACUUUCCCUGCAUCAUCCUCAAAGGUAACCCCACAACCCAAUUUCCAAGCAGGUGAAGGAGCCUCACCACGCUUAGUACGAAGCCGUGCUGUGAGAAGAGACCUUGUCAGAGACUGGAACUUCAACGAAAUCGAGACAGAGCUUUAAAUUCAGACCCUGACUCUUCCCUUAGGAAUAGUAUAUUAGUUUGUUCAUCAACUACUAAGCUUUUUUUUGUUUUUGUAUUGGGUUUGCAAACCAAUAAUAUAAUAUUUUCCCUGGCCGUUUAUUCAA